AUGCAAACCGCUCAUCAAACAGCUCAGAAAUUUUCCGAACAAGCUGCGGAGGCGAGGCAAACGAGACACCGCCAACAAAAUAAACCUCCACACUAUCAACUAGGAGAUCGAGUGUUAUUAAAGGAAGUUGUUAUACCUAAAGGCCAAAAACAGAAAUUAGCUCCUCGAUGGUCGGGACCUUAUCGAAUUAUUGAAAUCCUCGGUCCCGUUAAUUUUAAGAUUGAAAAUAUUAACACUAAACGAACUCUACAUGUACACGCCGACCGAAUUAAACCAACUAGCGCUAGACAGGAAUUCAACCUUGACCCAGAAACACCAACCGAGUCACUCAUCUCCACACCGGAAGAGGAUGCAACGGAGCAGCAACAACAUCUCAUCUCCGACCCCUGGGAUGAAUUUAUUUUCUCUUCUAUCCCUACCGCUCCUCCAGAAGGAUUUCCGGAAUCAGAGGAUGAAGGUUCGAGCGAGGAAUCUACAGAUGAGGAGGAAAGGGAAAGCUCUGAACCAGAAAUAGAAGAAGAAACGGGGUCAACGCCUCCUUAUGCUCUUAGAAGCCAAGGGCCGGUUGCAGAUCAACCCUGGGUUAUGCCUCGCCCCACCCGAAGCCGCAUACCCCGAUUUAUUUCUCCUACCACUAGCCGAUCAUCCUCUCCUUAA